UAGUACCAAGAUUCACUUCCUUUGGUUCUGGUAUAUGAGGCCAGUGCCGCUCGGAUAUCUUUCUCCAUCUCGAAUACGACAUCUCAACCACGACCUCUAUGGACAAGCUUACAACCUCGAAUACAAACGCAGAAGCACCUACACCCAUCAACAACCUCUAUGCCAGAAUCUACAAGAGAAUCAAGCUAAUGAGCUACCAAUACUCAGUUACGUUUCCAUUCUACGGCCUGGAACCGCUCGAAAGAUUCAUCCUUCACAUCUGCCUUCCACUCUCGGCCCUGAUCGUUCUAUAUGCGGCGUUCUGGGUGUUCAAGAUGGUGUUCUUUGCUCUGCUGAUAGUGGUGGGACAUGCGCAAAGCUCGACAUCGACAGAUCUGGGAAUGGGAGUUCCAUGGUAGCG